AUAAAGAUGUCUGGACAUACAAUUGGCAGUGUUUGAUGUUACGGCAGUUUCAUAGAUUAAUCCAACAGGAGGCCGGGGAGAAAAGCACAAAACCAAGAGGCUGAGAACAAGGUAAAACAAGCUCUGAGAAGAACCAGACCAGAAUCUUUUUUGCAUAGCUAGCUAUAUCAGACUUGUGGGGAUUUUGACCUCCACCAGUGAACACCAUGUCCCCAAGGAAGAAGCUUGUUCCUGUCAGUAGAAGAAUAAUGGCCAAAGCAGGGGACGACUUCUUCCCUUUCAAUCUUCUGCCGGUGGAAUGCCAGCUCCCUGUGCUUUCCUCUGAGGUUGACAAGUGCAAUUCUGCGCUUGUAUGCUUCAGUUGGAGUUGCCUUGUGCGAUCAGGGAAGCUUUGGAGAGUGGCAGACUUUUCUCACCAUAGAGUGCUCAACCUUAGACAGGAAGGACUGCUGGUGUCCAACAGAGAGUUUGAGCUUUGGAAGGCAUGGUUUCACCACUACACCCACCACCUCAUAUCCUGUGGUGCAAGCCUACUCACCCUAAAAGCCAGCUUUGACCUGGGGGACCAAUGCAACAAGUGGGGGGAGCUUCUCUCUGACCUUCUAAAAAAUGUCCACUGCAGGGAUCUCCGCCAACUGGAAUUGAACUAGACAUUCACACUACUGGAGCCACUGGACCUGCGGGUUGGCUCCAUUUCCCACCACAACAACAUUACCAAGAUCACGAUGGACCAGUUCACUAACUUUCAGGUACUACUGGGCAAACUGUCCCACAGCUGCCCUCGGAUCACCUAGAUGCGCCUGCACUUUGACUGGUCUGAGACAUCAGUGUCACUCCUCACUCAGUUCCAGCACCUCCGUGUCCUUGAGCUCAAGUACUUUUGGGUCUUCAAAAGGAUGAGCCCAAGCACUUUGUAGAUCCUGACCAAGUCACUGCCUAACCUUAAGUCCCUGACAUUGCAUAUCCUUGUGCCUCUCAGAAACCUUGACAUAUCUUACAUGCUGGAGUCCAUGUCUCUAGAGUUCCUGGAUGUAUCACCUAGUCGUGGUCUAGUCUUCUCCAGUCUUAAUCUGCCAGCAUUAUGGGAGCUAAGGGCCAAAAAUAUUGCCCGUGGCAUUACUUUACGUCAAACCAGGCUUAGGAUACAGAGCAGGUGGCGUCUGUACCAGGUACUAAGAGAGGGGACCACCAAGCUACAGGCCCUCAACAAUGAGCGACUGCUUCCUGAUUGGAGAGGGCAGAGUUCCAAAUAACUAUCCUCUAUCCUCCAGCAGUCCUGUUAUUGCCUCCAACACCUGGACAGUUGACUCUGGUAA